AUGGGCGAUCAAGAACAAGAUGUCAAUAAUCAUAUUUAUGAGGAACAUUAUUUGGCUAGUGAUGAUGACAAUGGAAUUGAAGAUUUCGAUUUUCCUGAUAAUGAUACACUAUAUAAUGACGGAUUUCAAACAGGAGAAAGCAGUAAUCCUAAUUUAGGACAACCACAUGUUACUCAUGAAGAUACAGAGUUUAAUAUUGAUUUCAUUGAAGGACAACCACAUGUUACUCAUGAUUAUGUUUCUCCUGGUGGCACCUUGUAUUGGACUCCGGUUGUUUUAGACGACAUCAAACCAAAAGUUUCAUCAAAAUUUAAUUCAUAUGGUGAAGCAGAAACAAUGGAACGGUAA